AGCAUGGCCGCGGCCGCGGCGGGAGGAGCCCCCGGCCCGGCCCCCGGCCCCGCCAGGCCUGCGCCCGCCGCCCGCAACCCACCGUCCGCGCUGCGGAGGCGCGGAGACUCCCGGCGCCGGCAGGCCGCGCUCUUCUUCCUCAACAACAUCUCCCUGGACGGGCGGCCCCCGAACCUGGGUCACAGCGGUGAGAAAGCGCCGCCGCCGCUGCCGCCGCCCACCGAGGCCCGCGAACCGCCCGCACCACCGCCCGCGCCCCCGGGCGGCCUCCCGGGGCUGCCUUCCAGGCCCGCGCCCCAAGGUCUGCUCAGCCCCACGUCGGCGCCCCCCGGCCUCGGCCUGGACGGGCAACGCCAGAGGAGACGAGUCACAUCUCAGCGCUGCUCCUUGGAGUUUCUGGAAGAUGCAAUGGGAUGUGCCUCGGUACAGAGAACCAAACAUGCAUCUGGAUCACCAAGACACAAAGGCCUGAAGAAAACCCACUUUAUCAAGAACAUGAGACAGUAUGACACAAGAAACAGCAGGAUCGUGCUUAUCUGUGCCAAGCGGUCCCUGUGUGCAGCCUUUUCAAUCCUGCCCUAUGGAGAAGGCCUGCGGAUCAGUGACCUGAGGGUGGACAGCCAGAAGCAGAGGCACCCAUCUGGCGGAGUUUCCGUUUCUUCUGAGAUGGUCUUUGAGUUGGAAGGCGUUGAGCUGGGAGCAGAUGGAAAGGUCGUGUCGUACGCGAAGUUCCUGUACCCCACCAAUGCCCUGGUCACACACAAGAGUGACAACCACAGCUUGCCACCCCAGCCUCGGCCCAGCAUCCCCCGGGCUCUACCAGGAUCAAGACACAAAGCUGUGCCCACAAAGACAGCACCAGCCGGCACAGAACUAGGGAAUGAUGGGGGAGAUGCAGUGGAGUACAACCCCGACCUUCUAGAUGAUCCACAGUGGCCCUGUGGGAAGCACAAGCGGGUUCUCAUCUUUGCCUCAUACAUGACCACAGUGAUAGAGUACGUAAAGCCUGCAGACCUCAAGAAGGACAUGAAUGAGACCUUCAGGGAAAAGUUCCCACAUAUCAGACUGACACUGAGCAAGAUCAGGAGCUUAAAAAGGGAGAUGCGGAACCUGUCUGAGGAGUGCAGCCUGGAGCCAGUGACUGUGUCCAUGGCCUAUGUGUACUUCGAGAAGCUUGUGUUACAGGGUAAACUCAACAAGCAGAACCGCAAGCUGUGUGCUGGCGCCUGCGUGUUGCUGGCUGCCAAGAUCAGCAGUGACCUCCGCAAGAGUGAAGUGAAACAGCUAAUUGAUAAGCUGGAGGAAAGAUUUCGUUUCAACAGACGAGAUCUCAUUGGGUUUGAAUUCACAGUGCUUGUAGCUUUGGAACUGGCCCUGUACCUCCCUGAGAACCAAGUGUUACCUCACUACAGACGCCUCACCCAGCAGUUCUAGCCCAGGGCAGGGCACCCUGCCAGAAGGAUGCUCAUCAGGAAGGCGUAUUUCUGCACAGAACACUGACGCCAGCAGCAUCCCCUGUUCAGCCUGCCCCAGCCACUGCACCUGCACUUCUCAACCACAGGUGGGUCCCUUGGAAAGGAACGUUGCUUUCAUGCCAAAGCUCACCACACCAAGGGCACUUCUGAGAUUGUCCUGACUCUAAGCCUGUUUAUGUCAUGUGGCAAGCCUUGAGAUGCUGCCUUCAUUUUGCCACAAACCAGCCAAGGUGUAGAGCCAGCUCUGCAAAGACUCAGGUCUCCAAGCCUUAUGAAUAUGCUGAAAUCACUGGGUUAACGGCAUUGUUUUCUAACUGUGCCAGUGCAGCCCAAUAGCUUCUGUCUGUGUCUCCUGGCAUUGGCACUGCUGGCUCCCUGCCUCCACCUGAACAGAGCUCUCACAGCACAGCAGUUGGCCACCAAGGACAGACUGUUCUGACUCAGACCGCUGUUAGAAGUAUCUGUCACUGUGACCCACCUAUAUACCCAAUAGGGCUCAGCUACCAUCAGCCCUGCCAUGCCAGGACCCACCAGCGUAUUCCCAGGAAAUCUGCUUACCUUGCAACUACUAGACCUUCGGGACAGCUGCUGACUGUGCUCUUGACUUUCCUAAGCAAUAUUAGAGAAAACAUACUUAUUACAAUUCACAACUGGCUAUGUGGGUUUCUAAGGGAACAAAACUUGGUCCAACGAAGAAUGCUGAUGGUGUAACUUGAAGCCAUGCUUGAUCCUCAAGCAAGAAGGCGUGGAUCCUGCAGCGCCUAACAUGUCAAUGCCUAGGAAGAUGCCAUCUAGGCCAUCUCUCCCAUGAUGCCACUGUACCAGUCUGCUGUUUCCAUUCUUAUUGUGAGGUGAUGUUUCCCUACCCUGCCACCCCAUUAACAUGAAGGGAAAUGAAGGGCUUCCUUGUUAGUCUCAAAAACAAUCAUGGCUACAAGUUGCCUUCCCUACCAGUCAUACAAACCUGUCACCAGCCUGGGCUCCUACACAAAGGAGAUGCAAAUGUGGCUGCUGGAAGCUACCUAGUUCUAAGACGGACAGAAGGCCUUACACAUCUUGACUACACAGGCCUGUAGUAGUAGUGGCCUAUAGGAUGGGGACCGAUUCCUCAGUCUGAUCAUCUGUAAUGGGUUAUAAGCACACCAUGCUGGGCCUGAGCCCAAGGAAGCCGUCCUGCUGGCAGAGUGGCAUCUGCAGGGCAUCCCCAUCACAAGCACCAUUUAUGGACCAACCUUGUAGGCACUGCUCUGGUUUCUAAGCUACCCUCAGGACAUGCCUCUGGCAGUUUCCUAUAAUUAAUAUUAAGUAACACUAAUUACUGGAGCUUGUGUAUUUUUGUAGUGGGUUAGCGAAGUCCUUCCCUGGACCUUUUCCGUAAUUCCAUGAGCUGCCACUGUGUGGUAUCAGCUGCUCCAACAAAGCCAAUACCAAAUGACACUGAACCCAUAAUCCUCCAGUGUGUGCAAGUCUGAGCUGUGUCCUGCAGGACUAUGACCAAACACCAACCUAGGGCUGUGUUCUAGGCAUGCAGCAGUGUACAUGUGUGUAAGUAUCUGACUUCAGAGUGUUGUUUCUAAACAGAAAGUGUUUUGUUGAAUUAAAACCUGGUUUUGCAACAUA